AUGACCUCCAAUAAACAGGGUUCAAACCCGUUGCCAUGGGAUGCUGACCAGCUCCGGUCGGUCUUCGUCCACGCGCUAUCGGACAUGUACAGAGAAGAAGUUCCACUGUACGGAAAGCUGGUCGAUAUUGUCCGUACGGUCGAUAACUCUGUGUUGGAGAAGAAGGGCCAGAGCGUCGAUGAUCUCCCCAUCCGCCACCAGGUCGAACGCCAUGGUGCAAUUCGGCUGGGAACGACCCAUGAGAUGCGCCAGAUCAGCCGCCUCUUUGCUAUAAUGGGAAUGCACCCAGUGGGCUACUAUGACUUGGAGAUGGUCGGGUUCCCCUUGCAUGGCACUGCCUUUCGGCCCACGAGCGAGGAAUCGCUGCGACAAAACCCCUUCCGAGUCUUCACCACCGUUCUGCGCCCAGAUCUCAUCGUCUCUUCGACAGUGAGGGAGACUGCGAUCGAGAUCUUGUCCCGACGGGAGCUUUUCUCGCCGCGCUUGUGCGAGCUCAUGGACCAAGCCGAGCAAGAUGCGGGAACACUGACACAAAAGGACGCAGACGAGCUGAUUGUCGAGGCGCUCAAGAUCUUCAAAUGGCAUUCUCGGUCGACUGUCCCCCUAGAAACCUAUCUCAGUCUCAAACAGGAACACCCAAUGGUUGCCGACAUCGUCUGCUUUCCAAGCGCGCACAUCAACCACCUCACACCCCGUACCUUGGACAUUGACGCUGUCCAACUUGAGAUGAUACGCCAAGGUCUGCCGGCCAAGGAGGUCAUUGAAGGGCCUCCCCCUGGCCGAAAGUGCGAGAUCUUGCUGCGCCAAACCAGCUUCAAAGCCCUUGAGGAGCAAGUCGUAUUCUCCGGCUCAGGCGUCAGUGGCACGCACACGGCUCGAUUCGGCGAGGUCGAGCAGCGAGGUGCUGCCGUUACACGCAAGGGCCGAGACCUUUACGACAGGCUGCUGGCUGCCGCUGUUGCCAACGAGGAUAACUGGGAUCCGUCGCUCGCUCAUGCCUUUCAGGAGUAUCCUGACGGCUGGACGGAGUUGCGGAAGCAAGGCCUGGUCUACUUUCGGUACCGGGUAUCACAAGAUGUCGCAUCGCGGCGGAAACCUCUCCCAACCGAUAUGGAGGCGUUGUUGCAAGCAGGCAUCGUUGAGUGUGAGCCCAUCACCUACGAGGACUUCUUGCCCUUCUCUGCGGCCGGCAUCUUCGCGUCCAACUUGGCAGGCACGAACGGGACUGCGGAUAGGAAACUCCAGGCGACGGGGUGCAGUAGCCGAGCCGAGCUGGUGGGUGUCCUGGGUCGAGAGAUUCUGAGCGAGAUUGAUGUGUAUGAGGCCUUGCAAAAAGCUAGUGUGGAUGAAGUCGCGAAUGCUCUUGGGUUGGAAGCAAUCACUCUUGCUUGA